GCAUAGUUCAUCACUGUUGAAAUUGCGUCCCUCCACCGCGAGUUGGAAAAUUGUGACGGCGAAAAAAUUAGCGUUUCUUCCCUCUAACUGAAACACCGCAAAGGAAGCUGAUAAUAGCCACGUUUGCCUACCGACAAAGAGGGAACCACAAAUUCACAGAUUGAACCAUGAGUCGUCGACGUGCCCACGACACUGAGGAUGAGGGCUAUGACCACAGGCGUAACAAACGUCGGAGGGUGUCCGAGAACCAGGAAAUUGAGGACAGGCUAGAGUCGCUUAUAUUGCGAGUCGGUGAGCGUAGCACUUCGUCUGUAGAAUCGAAUCUCGAAGGCUUAGUUUCGGUGCUGGAAGCAGAUCUGGGCACAUUCCGAUUAAAGAUUUUACGCAUUCUGUCCGACUGUGCGGUCCGGAUGCCAGAGAAAUGUACAGUGUACACAACAUUAGUAGGCCUGUUGAAUGCCAAGAAUUAUAAAUUCGGUGGUGAGUUUGUUGAUCACAUGGUCAAGACAUUUAAGGAGUCGCUGAAACUGUGCCGUUGGGAUGCCGCCCGAUAUUCGUUGAGGUUUCUCGCUGAUUUGGUUAAUUGCCAUGUGAUCUCGGCCACCAGUUUGUUGCAAUUACUAGACACCAUGAUUGAUGUGUCCAAUGAGGAUACAGUACCACAAGUGCGUCGCGAUUGGUUCGUAUUCGCUGUCCUAUCCACUCUGCCUUGGGUGGGACGGGAUCUGUACGAAAAGAAGGAAUCUGCUCUGGAAUCGCUAUUACUACGAAUUGAAGUCUAUCUAAAUAAGCGCUCAAAGAAGCACCAUAAUGCCUUAAGAGUCUGGUCAUCGGAUGCACCGCAUCCGCAAGAGGAGUAUUUGGAUUGUCUGUGGGCUCAGAUACGUAAAUUGCGUCAGGAUAAUUGGGCCGAAAAGCAUAUACCGCGACCAUAUCUCGUCUUCGAUUCAAUACUGUGUGAGGCAUUGCAGCAUAAUUUGCCACAAAUUAUACCACCGCCGCAUCAUGAUGCCUUCGAGUAUCCCAUGCCCUGGGUAGUCUAUCGCAUGUUUGACUACACAGAUUGCCCGGAUGGGCCAAAUUUACCAGGUGCUCAUUCGAUCGAACGGUUUCUCAUCGAAGAGCAUCUGCAUCACAUCAUUGAGACACAUCAUUACGAGCGCAAAGAUUGUGCUGCACAAUUGCUUAACUUUCCAUUUAAGCAUAAAAUUCCAUUGGAAUAUUGCAUUGUUGAGGUGAUCUUUGCCGAGCUAUUUCAUAUGCCAACACCAAGAUAUCUGGAUAUUUGCUAUGGCUCCAUUUUGAUUGAACUCUGCAAGCUCCAGCCGGGAACUCUGCCUCAGGUUUUGGCCCAGGCCACAGAAAUUCUAUUCAUGCGGAUCGAUUCAAUGAACACUUCAUGUUUUGAUCGUUUUGUCAAUUGGUUUUCCUACCAUUUAAGUAACUUUAAGUUUACCUGGUCAUGGGAUGAGUGGGACAGUUGUUUGCUUCUCGAAGCUGAGCAUCCACGUCCAAAAUUCAUACAGGAAGUGUUGCAGAAGUGCCUAAGGUUAUCGUAUCACCAGCGAAUCACUGAGAUGAUGCCAACUACUUAUGCCAAGCUCAUACCAUUAACACCCGUGCCCAAUUAUAAGUAUGCCAAUGAAGAAGCAGCAAAUCUACCAGGAACCACAGUGGCCCAUCAACUGGUGGUGGCCAUCAGACAAAAAUGUACACCAGAGGAGGUGGUCAAUAUAUUGAAAGAGAUCCCAAGCAGCGGCUACAGCGGCGAAGAGAUGUCCGAUGGCAGUUUCAAUGCCCUGAAAAUUGAUGUAUUCGUUCAGACACUGUUGAACCUGGGCUCAAAAUCAUUUUCGCAUAGUUUUGCUGCCAUCUCGAAAUUUCAUGCGGUAUUCCGUGCACUGGCCGAGACCGAAGAGGCUCAAAUUUGCAUAUUGCACAAUAUAUUUGAGCUCUGGUCAUCCCAUCAACAGAUGAUGGUUGUUUUAAUUGAUAAAUUGCUUAAAUUGCAAAUUGUCGAUUGUUCGGCAGUGGCCACAUGGAUAUUCUCCAAGGAGAUGACGGGAGAGUUUACGAAAAUGUAUCUCUGGGAGAUAUUACAUCUUACCAUUAAGAAAAUGAACAAGCAUGUCAUCAAGCUGAAUACUGAGCUAAGCGAUGCAAAAGAUAAACUAUCCAAGGCGGAUUCUUCAUCUAGCGAUUCCGAUGAGGAUACACCACAUAAACGCAAGAAACCCAUCACUCAUGCAGACAAACCAUCCGAGGAGGUCGUCGAGCGCAUGGAGGAAAAACUUGAGGCAGCAAAUGUGAAUCAAAAACGUCUGUUCCUGAUUGUCUUUCAGCGUUUCAUUAUGAUACUCUCCGAGCAUUUGUUGCGCUCUGAUACAGACGGACGUGAUCCGGAUACAGAUUGGUAUCGAUGGACAAUUGGACGAUUACAACAGGUCUUUCUUAUGCACCAUGAACAAGUUCAGAAAUAUAGUAGCACACUGGAGACCUUACUUUUCACAUCCGAUCUGGAUACACAUAUUUUGGAGGUGUUCCAACAAUUUGUGGCAUUGCGUGCGUGAAGCCAACAAAAGCAAUGCAACCGGAUAUGAAAAUUCGCUAUAUUUUUAAAUACCAUUGCAAAAGAGGUUGCACAUUUAUUUUGGACAACGAUUUGCAAUGCCAUUAGACAAGCCUUUCCGUUUCUACAACGUAUAACCAAUACUUGAGUCGUUCAAGUUGAUCAAGCUACUAUUCCAUAUUCUCAUUCUAUAUAAUUCAGGUCUCUCAAUUAUUGCAACCGCUUGACAAAAGUUGUCGAGCAUAACAUGAAUUUGCAAGGGUACAAAAUACAAACUAUGGCAUGGCCGUAUUUAGUUCGGAACUCUGGUUUCCUUAUGUAUACACACAUAUAUAUACAUAUAUAUAUAUUUCUAUAUAUGUAUUAAAGAAUUGUAGAAAGUUUAUCACGUUGUCAUGGUCAUAAUGAACAAAACUUACAUAUAUAUGAAACGAUUUAGAUUUGUUCCUUGUUCCAUUAUUUUUGUCCAUUACAAAAUCCAUCAUUCAUAAAUAUAUAUGCAUAUAAAUAUUUAGGCAGACAUUUUGUAAUUUGUUAAACGAACCAAGAGUAAAGUUUAAAAAUAUUUAGACACACAAUUGUAAUAUGUUAACGAUGUAAGAAAAUAGAUAAACCAACAAUACUAAUUUUAAA